UCUGCCAUCAGAACACGAAGAAGAGCCUGGGAGCAAGAAGCAACAACAAACAAACCUAACAGCAAGCUAACGCAUCUGAUUACACAGGCAAAGUGUGUCCUUUGCGGUGGACACACAUAUUGUUGGUUCAUACUUACUGCGUAUGAUACAAAGAAGACGUAACUGCUCUUUGCUCGUACUAGCCAAACGUCAGCUAGCAGUAAUCCUCCCUGCCUUCGUCGUUCUUGAGUGGGAUGAUAGGGUCAUCGAGAAAGUAGCGCGAUGCUUUAAGUAAUAACACAUUUAACGUUGAUCAUUUUUCCACGGUGGCAUGUGAGACGACUGGGUUUAACGUUACAUCACAAUCUUCACGGUGCCGACAUUCGCAGGAGACCAAGUUUAGUGCAACUGUAAGCGACCGAGGAUGGCUCACCAUGGUGUGUGGUGCGCAGGAGCUCGACUGAGUGUCCUUGUCGUGGUUUUCUGCAGCGUACUGGUUCCCUCACCCACACAGGCCUAUAUCUAUGCUCAUUAUAGCAAUAUGACCUCCAUGCUGUUUGAGGACCUGCCUGCCUUUUUUGGUUCCCCUCUUCCUAAGGAUGGACUAAUGGGAGUUUUGAUGGUGUCCCGUCCACUUAAUGGCUGUACAGCAAUAGACCCUCCUCCUCCACUGCCACCGUCCUUUGAUGCCAACACCACCAAAUUGAUCGCUCUCAUCAGACGCUACGACUGCAAUUUUGACAUAAAGAUCUUGCACGCACAGCGAGCUGGAUACAAUGCUGUGAUAGUUCACAACAUGUACUCGGACAAGCUGCUCAAUAUGAACUACAGCAAUGAGACUAUUGCAGAGGAGAUUGACAUCCCAUCUGUAUUCACCAGCUACUAUGCCUCCCAAAUUCUCAGGAAUUUCAUAAUUCCAGAACAAGGGGCCUACGUGAUCCUCAAGCCGGAGUUUGCUUUUCCACUCUCGUACUACCUAAUUCCCUUCACUGGAGUAGUUGGCAUGAUCAUGAUUGUGAUGUGUGUCGUCUUGAUUAUACGAUGUGUGCAGUACAGAAAAAGGAUGAGGAAAAAUCGUUUGUCCAAGGAACAACUGAAGCGGAUUCCAAUCCACAGGUUCUGUAAAGGGGAUGACUAUGAUGUGUGUGCAAUCUGUCUGGAUGAUUAUGAAGAAGGAGACAAGCUGCGAGUUUUACCUUGUUCACAUGCCUACCACUGCAAGUGUGUGGACCCGUGGCUCACGCAGACCAAGAAGACCUGUCCUGUGUGCAAACAGCGCGUCACUCGGAACCCCACGGAGCACUCCGAGUCCGAGUCUGAGGGGGAAACCGGAGGACGUGGGGAGGAAGAACGAGGGGAGGGCGGAGCAGACACGGAGCGCACUCCUCUGCUUCGACCUUCCAACCCAGGGUCUCCCUCGGGGACCCCAGGGGCCUAUUCAGCCACCACUACCGCCCAGUGCCUCGCCUCCCCCAUACUCUGCGACUCACCCAUCCUGGGUUAUGAAGGCUACCACUCCACCCCGGAGGACACGGACUCAGAAAGUGAUGACGCUGCUUUGGGAGAGUACAGGCUUCACACUGAUGACGACGACACCGCUCAGCUCAUUGGUAGGGACGGAGUGGAGGUCUGAUGGCUGGAACAUGGCUGCAGUGAGAUUACUUAGUUUUACCUGAAGGGGGUCUUUGUGUCAUCAGGCGUGCUGUCACACUGUGCGUUUAAAUAGUUUGCAGAUUUGUGGUUAGCUAGACAUUUAUUGUAACAGAUUCUUUUACCCAGAAACCAGAGGAGGUCUGUUUGUUAGUGUCAAAGCACAUGACGCCCUUGCAUUGGUGAGUUUUACCAAAACCCUCAUCUAUACACACACUCUCACUCCUGGACUCCUUUAUCUGACUGUAGACCUUCUUUUUUUUUUUUUUUAAUGCAUGUUUUAAUCCGUAACUUGACCACGCCACGUGACCCAAACACUAGCGCUGCACACAAAGAAUGGGCCACUGGAAUCUAAUGUUUGGUAUAAAUAAGAGUGUGAGCUUCAGCCUGUGUCACUAAACAGAAUGAAUACUGUGCUCACACUUGUGUACGGCUGUGGUGAGGUUAGUGCAGUUUGAAGGUUCUCUGUUGUCUUAAUCCCAAUAGUUUUAUGUCUGACAGCCCUUUUUUCUUUCAUCAGCUUUGUAUCUUUUCCUAACAAGGAUGUGCAUGUGGAGGGAAAAUGUUUGUCUUUAUUUGAUCUUUUAUUGCCCGUAACUCUCUUUUGACAUUUUUAAAGCUAUAUUUCAGUUCUUUGACGUGUCCGAUUUUUCUCAAAUUCCAUAGUUAAUAUCGCAAUACUAGAAUAUUGCAAAGAUGUUAUACAUUUCUGCUGCUUUGUAAAUUCUUAUUGAUGACUAUGUGUGAUCAGUUUAAGGAAAAUAUGUUUAGCUUUUUCCAGUUUGUCAAGUUGAACAAACUCAGGUUUUUAGUAACAAAUUGAAGGUCAGUCCGUAUUGUAAAUUCAUAACAAAAUGAUAAUUAACAGGGUUUGGUCUUUUAAAUAGUUUUAGUCAUUUGAACCAGUAAGAUGUAGCUUGAUUCAUAUUUAAUGGCUGUUUUUCCAUUUUUAUAUAGACGGAAUCAUAACGUUUUGAGUCGUGGGACCCUGCAAGUGUUUUUAGGAAAAAUGAGCAUUGCCUUACAUUGGCCUUCUUGUACAUGUGUAUGUUGAAUAUUUGGAAGUUGAAGGGAAAGAUUUCACACUCCUUUUGUUUUCCUCUUGUCUUGCUAUAGAAUUUAAUGCUGCUGGUUAGAAAGCUUUGAUUUUGUUCCCUUGUCGGUAAAUGUGCUCCACUUUUCUUUUUGUAGCGACGAACAGGACAGCGACGGCCUGUGUUUCCAGAUGUUUAGUGCUCGUAGUAACACAGAUAGCCAGCUCAGACAUGUUUGAUUUGCACCUCAAUAUUUACACGUGCUCAUCAGCUGUCACACAAGAUAUGUUUUGUUUCUCUAUUUCAUGAAAUGACCUGGAUGGAGUUCACACUGUUGAAUUAUAUAAAGAGCUGUUAAAAAAAAAAAAAACGUUCAAGCCAAACUGUUUCGCUGCUCCAAAUAAAUGUUGAUACCUUGAUCUAACAUCGUAAAUAUACCGAGAUUUUUGUUUUCACUGUUGAUUACCGUGCAGGGUGUGGACAUUUUUAAGCACAGUACAAACUAACCCACACUCUCUAUUCGCCUCAAUGGGAUGAUACAGAUGUGAUCAGUGUUUCCUCUGCGUUCAUUUGUCUUUGCUCCACCGCAGUCAGAGAAAUUGAUCAUUUUAAUUUAGGGUAACCGUCCACUAUGAUAAGAAUUUGACAUUUUUAAGAAUUGUUUUAUCAAUUAGAAAAUGUAUAACCUCAACUUAAUCUAUACCACAUCGGACCAAAGCUAUCCGUCCAAACACCACAACUGCAUAUGAUAACGGAGGAAACACUGCACACGAUGCAACCUUCUGUUGAUUGUUUCAAUAAGCUGCAUUUAGUGUUAGAGGGGCAUCAGUAGGACUCUGAAGUCAUAACAUUCCGUCUUUAUAUUUUUCUGAGGAUUGAUUAAAAUACUAAACACUGUCAACAUUUGAUUGGGACUUGUUAGCAAUACUCUGUCUUUAAAAUAGAACAGUUUUUCCUCUAUUUUUAUUAUUUGUACUGUGUGUUUCUUUUCUCUUUUUUGCUCUAUAUGUCUCAAUUUUAGAGACGAAUGAAAAAAUACAAUCCCCAAACUAAUUAUUCUAUUCUUCUUUUAGAAUGGGCCUACUAGUGUAUCACACAUAAAUACAAAUUGUACAGCCGAGUAUGAUUUUCAUGUAUAAAGCAGGUUGGAGAAUCGGAUGUCUGAACACAGUCUGUUUUACUGCAUUUAAUGUGUGAUUUGUGGAAGAUUAAAUGAUAUUGAAACGGGA